AUGAAACUCCAAGUCGUCACUGCCGCCGCCGCUCUGCUCGUGGCCUCUGUCGCGGCCCUCCCCGCCCCUGUCCCCAUCGACAACAACCACGGCCUCCUCCCAGACACGGACGACUGGGUUGACGAUGACGGCGUCGUUGAGGUUCGCGACACGGAAGCUGUUGUCGCCGACGUGCUCGAAGCCCGCGAGGUGAUUGCGGCGCGGGAUGUGGACGCCGACGAUGAUGAUGUUGAUGAUGAUGUUAUUGUCACCAUUGAGGUCGUUGAGGCCCGAGACAAUCAUGCCACUGAGGUCGAUGAGACGGGCAAUGAUACGAUCACCGCACGGGAUGUGGAUGAUGAGGGUGAUGACAUUGAUGAUGCCCCGUCCGCGGUUGAGGCGCGCAAGGUACAGAUCGACGACGCAGCCGCCAACUUCAACUUCACCUCCGACUUUGGCUUUGCGCUGGACCGCCUGCUGGCCGAGAUCGAGUCGAUCCCCGACGACGUGCUGGCCGCCGGCGACGAGGCGCUGCACAAGUGGCUCGUCGAGCACGGCGAGCGCGCGGGUGACGACAACAGCGCGACCCUCAAGCGCGAUGAGGACUCGUCCGACGACGCCGCCGUCCUCCUCCUCGAGCGCGGCGAGCUUCUGGCCCGGGCGUCGUGGUGGAAGGUCACCAAGUGCGUCGCCGCCAUCGUCCAGCUGCUCGCCACCACCGCCGUGCCCGCCGCCAAGCUGCUCCGCAUCAAGAAGUACAUCGAGGCCCUCGGCGGCGUCAAGCAGGCCGUGCAGCUCCUCCUCGGCGCCACCACCAAGGCCGAGAAGCUCAGGGCCGGCGGCGAGGCCCUCGUCGCGCUGUCAGCGGAACUGCUUGGCAUCAGCACCGUUAAGAAUAACUGCUUCUAA